GAGUGCUAUUUCUACACACGAUGAGUUCAUAGUUUGUAACGCUUUUAAAUCGUUACAAAUAAUAAAAAUGAUUUUAAAAAAUGAAAAAUUGUAAAGUAAUAAAGCUAUUUAGAGUUGGAUGAAUUUAAAGAAUGGCAUUUUAGUCGAUAAAUUAUUAGCUAAAUAGAUGAAAAUAAAGAAGUUUUUGAUGAAAAUAUAAAUGAAAAGGUUUGAUGGUGCCGCCUAAUCAUACUAGUACUGCUACUACUGGCUCAGUAGGUGUUUUACCAUGUUAAAAUUAACUCGUAGCUCGACGGUAGAAAUCUAAAUAGUACCAUGAUCAAAAAUGCUAGGCAAUAGAUACAUGAGCACAAUGUUCUCUAUAUCUACAGCUAGUUCAAGCCUGAUUUUAGGUAUAGUCUGUUUGGUGAUAACCUUGUAUCCGUUGUAUAUAUAUAUAUGUAUAUAAUCGGAUCCUCCCUGAUCCAGAUGCGACGGCGUCGAAAACAUCUAGCGAGGCAUUGCGAGUGAUCACGAAUAGUCACGAAAAUGUCAGGAUGAGGUAUCUGAAUGUUUUCCGUAGCUUGCGAAUCACCAAAGGAGUAAUACAUAAGAGGAGCUUCGUCGAGUAAAUUUGUCCGCGAGAUAGGAGUUACUUGUAAUUUAUUUACGCGUUAACUAAUUAUUUUUCACACGAUGAUUACAAUACCUCGAUAUUCAUUACAUACAUAAUAAACCAAAAUUUUCAUAUUGAAAUUUAAUUUUUUUAAUCUUUCUUUUUAAUUUACAUCACUUGCUAUUCUCUAAUUGACUACUUGUUAUUUAACUUUUAACAUUUAUAGUCAUUUAUUUUCUUAUUUAUUUUUUUAUUGUAAGAUUUAAUAACUUCUAUGUCUUUGUAAUUUGUAAUGAAUUAAAAAUUCUUUUUAUUUAACAUUCAUGAAAAUUCACACAAUAUAUAUAUAUAUCUAAUUUCUAAAAUCAAAGCCACUAAUAAAAAAUCACAAAAAAUAAACUAAUCAAACUUUAUUCAAAUACUCAUCACAUGAUUUAAUAUAUUUAAUCUGUGAUUUUUUAAACAAAUUAAAUUUUUAUCAAAUAUUCUGGUGACAAAGAUGGUUUAAUUUCUAUUGAAAAUAGCAUAUAUAACAAUAAAUAUUAUAAUUCUAACACAAGAUAAUAAAUAAUAUGUAUGAGCAGAAACCACUGACCAUUAGCAGUAGUUUAAAAGUUUAAGGUGAUAAACAAUAUAAGUGUAAAUUAAUUAUAAUGGGAAAAGGUGACAAGCGAAGUGGUGUAAGUCAACAGCGUACCGACGCUGGCACCAAUUUUGUAGGCAAGUUUACCCAAAGUGUUCGAAGAAUCGUCCAAGAUGUGAAAGACGAAGGAGCAUCGAACGGACAAACAAAGGAAGAUUUAAUCGAAAUAAAUGAACGUCUUAGAACAGUUAGAAUACGAUUGGACUCAAGUUAUGAAACAGCAAAAUGUGCUCUAACCAAUCUUAUGGCAAAAUAUACAGACAGCAAACAAGUACGCAACGUAUUCCAACGGUAUAAUACUCUCAAAAUAAUCAUCAAGGACGUUAUUAAGUUGGAAACUCAAUAUUGGACUCUUGUUGACAUCCCUCGACAAGAGAAACAGGAAACAGUACCAUCUUUUGUAUUACGUGCAUGUGCUAUUAUAGAAAAAGCACAGAAAAGCGGCGAGAGCACCAAAACUUCAGCUAGGCUUAUCGAGGAAGCUGAAAAUAAAAGAGAACGCAUUGAUCGUUUAGAAAAUAUGAACACAUCUCAAAUUGAAGCUGAAAAUACACAAAUUAUAAAUGAUCUAUAUCGACUUUUGAAAAAAUAUACUGGACUACGAAAUCUUAUUCGAGAUUUAAAAGAAGAAUACAAUAAUUCAAAAAUUUAUCCUAUGUUUCCUCGUUAUAAAAUUUUGAAGGAUAUGAUAAAAGAUAUAAUGCAUAACCCACAUUACAUGGAAGUUUGCCAUGAAAUACAUGACCAAGUAUAAUAUGUGAAAUUUAUCAUCGAUAGUAUAAAUUAUGAUCAACAUCAAAAAUUGAUUAUUUUCAUCAAGAUUAUCCAAAGUAGAAAAAAAUUGAUCUUUUACAUCGUCAUCAUAAUGAAAAAAUUUCAACAAUAAGUCCUAAUUUUUCGUUUAAAGUUUUUGCACUUCUAUUGAAUUACAUCUGACAUGACUGAAUAAUUCGGUAAGCUAAAGAAAAAGUGUGAUAAAUUCUUCAAUUCUCUUUAAUUAGUCAGCUCGUAUUUUCUACAACAGCUAAUAAUUUACUAUUUUUUAUUUUUUAUAUUUGCUUCAAAAUUAACGUAGAAGUUUAUUGAAGAAACAAGAAUAAUACUAAAAAUAAUUAUUUAUUAAUCAAUGUAUUUAUUGUUAGUAUUAUUAUAAGAGAAGAAGGCAUUAUAAGAAUAUUUAAUUUAAUAAUAUUAGAGA